AAAUUAAUCCAGCAGGAACUAACCAGUUUGAAAGCCACAGUUUCUGCCCCUACCACAACGCUUAGACUGAUUAAAGAGUGUAUGGUGAGACUCAUCUAUUGUGAAAUGCUGGGGUAUGAGUCUUCCUUUGGAUACAUCCAUGCAAUCAAGCUAGCACAGCAGGGAAAUCUUCUGGAAAAAAGAGUUGGUUACUUGGCAGUUUCUUUAUUUCUCCAUGAAAAUCAUGAGCUGCUACUUCUACUUGUGAACACAGUUGUGAAGGACUUACAGAGCACUAAUCUAGUAGAGGUGUGCAUGGCGUUAACCGUUGUCAGCCAGAUCUUUCCACGGGAGAUGAUUCCAGCUGUGCUUCCCCUAAUAGAAGACAAACUGCAGCAUUCAAAGGAAAUAGUACGAAGAAAAGCGGUUCAAGCUUUGUAUAAAUUUUAUCUCAUUGCUCCCAACCAAGUCCAGCACAUUCAUGAUAAGUUCCGAAAAGCCCUGUGUGACAGAGAUGUUGGAGUCAUGGCUGCUUCUUUGCAUAUUUAUCUUCAAAUGAUUAAGGAAAACUCAUCUGGAUACAAGGACUUGGCAGGGAGUUUCGUAACCAUCUUAAAGCAGGUAGUGGGAGGAAAGCUCCCUAUUGACUUCAAUUAUCACAGCGUACCAGCACCAUGGUUACAAAUUCAGCUUUUAAGAAUAUUGGGGCUACUAGGAAAAGAUGAUCCAAGGACAAGUGAAUUGAUGUAUGAUGUUCUGGAUGAAUCUUUAAGAAGAGCAGAGAUAAAUCAUAAUAUUACAUAUGCCAUCUUAUUUGAAUGUGUCCAAACAAUAUAUACAAUUCACCCCAAGUCUGAACUACUUGAAAAGGCUGCCAAGUGCAUUGGAAAAUUUGUUUUGUCAUCCAAAAUUAAUCUGAAAUAUUUAGGUUUAAAGGCACUGACCUAUGUUGUCCAGCAGGAUCCUAAUCUGGCACUUCAACACCAGAUGACAAUAAUUGAGUGCCUGGACCAUCCUGAUCCCAUUAUUAAAAGGGAGACUUUAGAGCUUCUCUAUAGAAUAACAAAUGGACAGAAUGUAGUUGUCAUAGUUCAGAAGAUGCUCGAUUACUUAAAACAAAGCAAAGAAGAAUAUACCAUCAUCAGCUUAACUGGCAAAGUAGCAGAACUAGCUGAGAAGUAUGCCCCUGGCAACGAGUGGUUCAUCCAAACAAUGAACGCCGUGUUCUCAGUUGGAGGAGAUGUUGUGUAUCCUGAUAUCCCCAACAACUUCUUGAGGCUCCUGGCUGAAGGAUUUGAUGAUGGCAAAGAAGAUGAACAGUUACGGCUGUAUGCCGUGCAGUCUUAUUUAGCAUUAUUAGAAGAGGAAGAAGCAUUCUAUCCACAGAAAUUUCUGCAAGUUAUGAGUUGGGUUUUGGGGGAAUACUCCUGCCUUGCCACAGAUGUUGAUCCAGAGAUUAUUUUGACACGGCUCCACAGGCUGCUGAAGAAGACGGUUGUUACUCCUGAAACAAAAGCUUGGAUAAUGGCUGCAGUCACCAAAAUAACAUCACGCACCUCCUGUUCUAAUACAGUGCACAAAAUAAUCCAAGAAUUCAGCACCUCUCUAGAUACCUGUAUGAGGCAAUAUGCCUUUGAAUUAAAGCAUCUGUGUGAAGACAAAGUGUUGAUGAAAAACUUGCUUCCUUUUGAUGCUAGUUGCAAUGACAUAGUGGUGGAUGCUUCCUUAUCUUUUCUAGAUGGAUUUGUGGCUGAGGGCCUUGGCCGUGGUGCAGCACCGUAUAAACCUCAUCACCAGAGACAGGAGGAGAAGCUUUCACAGGAAAAAGCUCUGAAUUUUGAACCUUACGGAUUGUCGUUUGCUUCGAGCAUGUCUUCAUCUGGCUUCACUGGCAGACAGUCUCCCACUGGUUUAUCUUUUGGUUCUGAUACAUCUGGUAAUAGUGCUGAGACAGGACAUAGAGAGACAAAUAGUCUGAAACUCGAUGGAGUAAGGAAACUCUGGGGAAGGCAUGUGUCUGAUCCUCCUGUGUCCCAGUCUCAUCAAACUGCCAGUCUCUCGGAGGAAGAAAAAGAGAAACAGCAGUUAGCAUCAACAUUGUUUGUUGGACUAGGGUCAAAUGCUGGUGUCAGUCUGAUGGGGAAAGCAGACAUGGCUCCUCAGAAGUUCAGAAGAAAAUCAAAGAUGAAUGAAACUCAAAACACCGAAGGGACACCGGACAUCCAGAAUAGUGCUGCGCUGGCCCUUGGUCCCUUGCUUGAUGCACUACCUGGUAACGAGGAAGGCUGUGAGGGCGUUCAACAUGCAAGGUUAAGGGAGGCCUCCCUGUGUUGUUCGGAUACUGUGGAAGAUAGUUUAGCAUCUGAAAAACCUCAGUCCUUAAAACAUGGACUGGAUAACAAACUUUUAGAUAGUAGGCUGUCAUCGUCCUCUUUGUUUGCUGAUAGUAAUAUUGAAAUUUUUCAUCCUUUGCCAAGUGCUGAAUGUGAAAGCGCCAGUAAAACCCUGUUGGCCCCUUCCUUACCAGGAGAACUAGCAAAACUCCCUCACUCUGAAGUAGUGGAACUUUGUCAGAGUGAUGAUCUAGCUCUACAUUCGUGCAAGGUGUGGACAGAUGACUCUCUGCUGCUUGCAAUGUUUGUUUCAAAUAAAAACACUUCUGCACUUAAUUCUGUGAACCUAGUGUUUGAAGAAGCAGAACAUUUUCAGAUUGCGGAGAGUCCAGCCUACCACUUCUCUGUAAUAGAAGCUCAGAGCAUGGAAUAUUGCCAGCAAUGUGUGCAGAUGGACAAAAUCUGUACACAGGGCAUUCUUUCUGGCUCCAUUAGUUACCAGUCAGAGAUGGAAACUUGUCUUCAGUUUUCAAUCAUUUUAUCAUUGUUGGACUUCAUCAGGCCAAUGGAAAUGACUACAGAAGAAUUUGGGAAGCUGUGGCUGUCCCUUUCUAAUGAUGUGAAACAGAAUUUAAAACUGUCGUCUUCUCAAGAUUCCUUUUCAGCAGCUCUGAAUACACUGCAACAGAAGUUAAAACUCCAUGUAGUUGAUAUUAUAGGUAAUGAGGGAAUACUGGCAUGCCGGUUGCUUCCCUCCGUGCCCUGCCUGCUGCAUUGUCGUACUCAUGCAGGGAUGCUGGCUGUGUGGUUCAGAUCGCCUUGCUCUGCUCUUCCAGAUUGUUUGCUCUAUCAGUGCCAAAAGGUGAUGGAAGAAUCCUAAUAAUAACAGUGCCUGUUUUCAUCUCUCGGUAUAUGAAAAGCAAAUGGAAGAUUUACACAGUUGCACAAUAAUUACCAAAGCUAAAUUAAGAUACUAAUUCUCCGAAGUAUAAAAGGUUUCUUGAACUGGCAUAUGUCAUGUGGACUUCUGGAGGCAAAUGAUGAUGUGAAGUAUGCUUGUAAAACCAUACUCAGGAUUGUACAGUCACUGACAAGUCAUCUGCUAAAGUAUCAUUACCUGUUUAAGUGAAAUGUAUAUUUCUUUUGUUGUAAAUGAUCAAAAGUAUUUAUUUUUAUUAUGUGACUUUUAUAGAUGCUAAGAGUCAUUCCUCAUAGAAACUGUAUAAUGUCAUUUUAAGGAAAAUGUAUCUUUAUUGUGAGAUCGGACUUGAACAUUUAUCAGGAU